AUGGUGUUACACAAGUCAGAUGGGUCUGCUCAGACACCCUUUACGACCAACAGUGCAACUUUGGCCAAGGUGACCAAUUCACCCAAUUUGGAUGUACAAGAGCUCUCAGCACUAGAAACAGAAAUCCAAAACGAAUACAAAAAAUUGACCCACCGAUAUAUCGAGUCCAGAUUAUCCAGGAUCCAUGCCAUGCUUGAUAACAUCGAUUCCCAAAUCCAUCUCAUAACGGAAAAGGAUAAACUAUGGCAACAGGUGUAUAACUAUGAGGUUGAGUUGAUCAAGAACUUGAAAACCAAUACUGAAGAUUUGAUUUUGUCGGGUGCCAGUAGCAAAGGGGGGUCCUCCGCCAGCAACCAUCACAGCUACAGUGGUUCCAACAGGAAAAUUUUACCCUACAAGCAAAACCAAGAAGAAAUAUCCAAGCUCUUGUCUAGUGUGCAAUCACCUUUGGUGGUGGAAUCUAACUUCAACGACCCUACUAAUCAGUUGCCCUUUUACAAAGAGUUCCAAAAAAUCAUUACACCGAUUAAUGAUGAAUUAACGAUUUUUUUGAAUCAAUUCUACUAUCAGGUAAAUCUCAAUGAAUUCAAUUCUAAAACAAGAUCAAGCACUCGUUGGAAACAGUACUAUGAUUCUAUGAUACAAUCCAAGCAAGACUUGCUUGACAAAACCUAUAGCCAGCUCAACAAUUUGUAUCAAGAAUACUACGAGAUAAAUGGCUCCAGGUUGAAAGAAAUUGGUGAUAAGAACUACUACAAAUCAGUGAUACAGCCUAAUCAAUUGAAAAGGAAGUUCUCACUGGAGAAUAAUUUGAAUAACGACAAUUAUUACCAACAAGAGGAGAUGUAUUUCAAGAAGAACAAGGUUGAACUAACCAACAUCAAGCAAGAUAUAUUGGCGAAGGUAAGUAAUAAGGAUUUGCUUAAUAUAAAUAGACCUGACGAGAGUCUUGAUGAUGAUAUGGCUAUGUUAAGACUGGGAAUCGAGAGGCAAAAAGAAUACGGUAAAAUUAUUGCAAGUGGAAAUGAGAGAGUUUCAACAAAGUAUCACGACUUGGAUAUCGAUGUGUAUGAUGAGGAAGACGAGGAAGAUGAUGUCGAUGAUGAGGAUGAUGAUGACGAUGAAGACGAAGAUGAUGAUGAUGACGAGGAUGAUGAUGAAGAUGAUGAUGAUGAUGAAGACGAUGACGAUGAAGAGGAAGACGAUGAAGAGGAAUAUGUUGAAGGAGGAAAUGUAUUUACACCCAAAAUCAAUUUCUUCCCUGAAUCAUCUAUGCAUUUAAAGUACAAGCAACUUUUGCAAGUCGAUAAUGGUAGUGAGACAUCGAACUCACCUACUUCAUCUAUAUCUGUAUCAUCUCCAACUUCACCGGGCGCAAAAUUCAGGUUUCAAGAGCUUCCUCCUUUUGAAUCAUUCCCAACAUUGAAUUAUAGAACAGACCAAGAACAGAAGAGAUUGAAGGAUAAAGAAGAACUUGAAAGAAAGAAGAGGAAGAAGAGAGAGGAAGAAGAAGAAAAAGAAAGGGAGAGAGAAAGGGAAAGGGAAAGGGAAAGAGAAAGAGAAAGAGAGAAAGAGAGAGAAAGAGAAAUUGAAAGAAAAAGAAAGAAAGAAGAGGAAAAGAGGAGAGAAGAAGAAGAAGCUGAACGUCAAAGAAAGGCAAGGAUAGCAGAAGAGAAGCGCGAACAAAAAUUAAGAGAGCAAGAAAGACUAGAGAGCCAGCUUCGUCAAAAGGAGCACGAAAUUCAACAGCAGAUUCUUCUCCAGCAAAGACAACAGAGGCAACACGACGAAGAGCUUCAACUUCGUCAGCGCCAACUCCAACUUCAAGAGCAAGAAAGCUAUCAAUUGCAUCAUCAAAGGCAAUUUCUCCACCCACACCAUCAAGCAGGACUUUCACACUAUCAAUCUCAAGGUCCACCUCCUUCCCAAGUCCAACAGCAAUCACAACAAGAUAAACUGGACCCCCAAUCACAAAGGCAAUUAUACCAACAAAUUCAUCCUCCUCCAAGUCUCGUAGGUCAAAGACAGCAAUCUCCGGGUCAGCCUCAGCUCCCUUUGCCUCAAAUAUUACAACAACAAUGGCAACCUCAACCUCCUCAACCUCCUCAAGGCCCUCCAGGGCCGCCUGACUUACCUCCGUUCAGACAAAAUUACUACGGCAGGUAUCCUUAG